AUGACCUCCAUCGACCCCACAGAGGCGCUCGCUGCCCAAGUUGGUCGCCUCGCCCUCACCACAGCCCCGUCCCCAGCAAUCGACCACGCGUUCCUCCCGCACGUCUUUGACAAGAUCUUCCAACACCUUCCUCGCGCGUCACUCCUCGCUCUUCGCCCAACUAGCCGGGCAAUGUUCGCGCGCGUCAAUACCCAGUUCUUCACGCACGUCGCGAUCCGCGCAUCGCGCUCCCUUCGCCCGGUCAUCGUCCCCGGCCGUUUCGGUCUCGCCAUCUGGCUCAAGACCUUUCUACUCGUCGACCUCGAGGGCCAGCGGCUGCCCAUUUCACCCUUUGUCCCGUCCACCUACGACACAGCCAGCACAAACACGGACUGGCUCGAUACUUUGGUGCCCAUGGGCCCUGCUCGCCGCCAGGCCCUCCUCGAUCUCAUUCGAAUCGUCGAGUAUCCCGAGGAACUGCCCUCGUGCGUGCCAGUUGAGCUGGCAGUUAGUCGCACCUGCCGCGUGGUCAAAAGGGACAGGGCCGUCCAAUGA